GGCUCUGUGGACAGAGUUCAGAUGCUGGAGGAGUACAACAAAGAGCUACAUGAGAAGCUGUUGCAGACGGUGGCAUGCAUUGAGAACAUGGAGCCAGAAUUGCAGUGUACCAAGACAGAGUUAGUCAGCUUCAAAGAGAAAUACAGAAGGCUACAGGAAAGCUAUUCUGUUUCUCAGCAGACAAACGGUGUCUCGGAGCAGAAACUCAAAACUGCAGUAGACAGCUUGGACUCAGAGAGGAAGUUCCUCAUGCAGAGAAUCGCAGAUCUGACUAAACAGCUGGAUACUGCUCAGAAGACCAUCAGCUCUCUGGAAAACAUCAAUGUUCCCUCAUUGAUUAGAGAGUUGUUGAAAAAUCACUUUGACUCUCAUGAAGCACUGGAGCACUUCUUAUGUCCUCAAACAUCUCUACGCCAAACAGAUGGUGACCAAUCAGAGAGGGUGCAGGAGCUCAGAAACAACCAACCAUUUGGUGGAAAAGGGGAUGUUUUUGAAUGGCCACAGACUGGACACACAUGCUCAGGUGCCAGACAACAGCCUGCCACAGCCUUUCUGCCAUGGAAACAUGAUCACGAUCCAUGGGCAGGGCCAGGGCAACUUGUGACUAAAAGAAGUGACUCACAACUUCCUUUUACUUUUACUAAUGAUGUGCCAAUCCACAAAACGAUGGCCAGAUACAAAGGCCCCAAGUCAUCAAGUGCACCAAUUAGCCAUGAACACAGAGAUCCACUUCAUUCCCUCAAACCCAUAUAAUCUAGAUGAGAUGAGGCUCAGCAGACAGACAGGUAGAGAAGGAACUGUCACUGUGGGGAAAGAGCCCACUGAUGUCAGCUAUCUUACAGCUCAAAGGAUGCUGAAUGAGUUUUUGAACCAGAUUCCUCCUCCAGCGCAUGAUGGUGAAGGGAAAGAUGCAGCAGAACUAACAGAAGGGAAGCAGUAACAUUUAAUUUGACAUCUUUUGGUAAACUGUAUAGGAAAUUUCUAACAUCUCCCGUUACCAAUAUUGCAGCAAGGAUGCAAAUAGCUGUGGCUCUGAUGGCUCUGGUAUUUGUGAAAUACACUUAAUUUCUAGCUUUACAAGUACAAUUACUGUAUUUAUAUACCAUCUGGUUUUGUGCUAUAUCCAUUAAAACAUUUAGUUUUCUGG